CUAAUUAGCCGAAAGUGGGUUGCUCAAUAAUGGCGCUUUUCAAAUUGUUUUUGUAAUUGUCCCCUCAUAAUCGAUGCUAUCCCAAAAAACCCUCUUCUGGCCAAACUUACUUCCCAUAACCGGAAACUAUGAAGGCUGUAGUCAUCACAACUCCAGGAGGUCCAGAAGUUCUGAAACUGCAAGAAGUAGAAGAACCGAAAGUCAAAGAUGACGACGUGUUGAUCAGAGUGGAAGCCACGGCUCUCAACGGAGCUGAUACGCUAAUACGUCAAGGAAAGGAAACUCCUCCAAAAGGAGUGAGCGAGUAUUUAGGACUAGAAUGUUCCGGAACCAUCGAAGCCGUAGGCAAAAACGUAUCCCGUUGGAAAGUUGGGGACCAGGUAUGUGCACUGAUAAGUGGUGGAGGAUAUGCUGAAAAAGUAGCUGUACCUUCGGGUCAAAUUCUUCCUAUCCCUUCCGGUGUUUCUUUGAAAGAUGCUGCUAGCUUCCCGGAGGUGGCAUGCACUGUUUGGUCGACGGUCUUCAUGACAAGCAAACUAUCUUCAGGAGAAACAUUUCUGAUACAUGGUGGUUCAAGUGGCAUUGGUACAUUUGCUAUUCAGAUGGCUAAAUACCUUGGCAUUAAAGUUUUUGUUACUGCAGGGAGCGAGGAAAAACUGAAGGCUUGUAAGGAGCUUGGAGCUGAUGUUGGCAUCAAUUACAAGACGGAAGAUUUUGUUGCAAGGGUAAAGGAGGAAACAGGGGGAAAAGGUGUGGAUGUUAUACUGGAUAAUAUCGGGGGAGCUUACUUCCAAAAAAACCUAGAAAGCUUAGGUAUGGAUGGCAGGCUUUUCAUCAUUGGUUUCAUGGGUGGAGUCAAAGCAGAAGCAAAUAUAUCAUUCAUUCUUGCAAAACGGCUCACUGUACAAGGUGCUGGUUUGCGCACAAGAAGGUUGGAAAAGAAGGGUGAAAUAGUGAGUGAAGUGGAGAAGAAUGUUUGGCCAGCGAUUGAACAAGGGAAGGUGAAGCCGGUUGUGUAUAACUACUUUCCUCUAUCAGAAGCUGGAGAGGCUCAUAAGCUUAUGGAAACCAGUACACAUAUUGGCAAGAUAUUACUACUUGCAUAGUCUCACGAGUCAUGAUCCAACGUCGAAGAGUUAAUGGCUCCUUUGUGUAUUUGAUGGUUUCGACUUUUAUUUCUUCCUAUGUUAUGUUUGAUGUCAUGUACUAUCAUAACAGCAUGUGUUUGAACUUUGAAGAAAUAAAUGGUCUCAAGUGUAUAUUCAAUAACAUUAGCGAUUAUUCCGUAGCAAAAAGUGAAAAAGUAAAG